GGUCCCUUGCAGUUACUUUCCAUCCAGGUUUCGGAGCAGCGCUGAGGCAUCACCCCUGCGUUGUCUGCGGGCGUUCGGGACGGAUCUGCAGGAGAAGAAAAAAAAAAACAGCCGCAAAGCGCUCGUUCUUUGGGGACCUCUAUUUGUUGCUCACCACCACCAGCUCCAGCUGAGAAGGGGAAUAUCUGAACCAUUCCACCACCAGCCAUCACUGUCCUUUUCUCUGCUGCUGCUGCUGCUGCUGCUCUGGAUUUUGGCGUGCACACUGCUGGACUAUAACGCAGGGGGAUUUAUAUUUGUAUUGAUUUCCAUCUGCCGCCCGGUCCACAGCGGACACCAGCACUUUUUUCUCUCUGAGGGAUGUAUUACAGCGGGUUGAAGUCUGCGCUCUGAACAGGGGAGAAUAUUAACGCACUGUCCGCUGAAUGAACUACAGCCGUGCGCCUUUGGCUUUUGGAGCAGGUCUCUCAUCUGGAGAUGCUCUCGUACGUCUGAUCGGGGUUUGUGAUUCGUGCGCAUCUCCUCUGGAUCGGGAUAUAAGGUGAAGAAAUUGCAUCCCUUUCUGGAGCGCUGGUCCUGAUUUUUUUUUUGUUUUUUUUUUCUGUGGACACAUUUGGUUCUUUUGAGAAGGGUUGUGCACCCACCCGGAGGCGCGCAGGCUAACCAUGGGGGACUCGAUGUGGAGAUAUUAUUUCGGAGUUUUGUUUAUUGCCUUCAAAGUGGACUUGUGCCGGGCGCUCAUCCUGGAGUCCAUCUACUGGAACACAACAAAUACCAAAUUCGUGCCAGGCCAAGGUGUGGUAUUGUACCCCCAGAUUGGGGAUAAGUUGGACAUUGUGUGCCCACGUGUGGACGGCGGGGUGCCUGAUGGCGUGGAGUAUUACAAGGUGUACAUGGUGCCCAGGGAGCAGCUGGAGAGCUGCACCAUAACCAAGGCCGACACGCCGCUCCUCAACUGUGUCAAGCCCGACCAGGAUGUCAAGUUCACCCUCAAGUUUCAGGAGUUCAGCCCCAAUCUGUGGGGCCUGGAGUUCUUCAGAGGGAGAGACUACUACAUCAUCUCUACAUCUAACGGCACCAUGGAGGGCAUCGACAACCAGGAGGGGGGAGUGUGCAAGACCAAGUCCAUGAAGAUAAUCAUGAAAGUGGGACAAAAUCCCUCUGACCCUAUUUCACCCAAAGACAACCCCACCAGAGUACCCUACCCUCCCAAGCACUCAGAUGGCAAGGACUCCCACAACCCCAACGACGUUCUGGAGAAACCAGGAGUAUCACCCAGAGAAAGCAACGAAAACGACAACGGUGGAAAAUCCUCCAGCGUCAUGGGCUCCGAGGUGGCCAUCGUCGUUAGCAUCGCGUCAGGCAGCGUCAUCUUCAUCAUCAUCAUCAUCAUGCUGGUCCUGUUGCUGCUCAAGUACAGGCGGCGGCACCGCAAGCACUCGCCGCAGCACGCGGCCACGCUGUCUCUAAGCACCUUGGCCACGCCCAAACGGAGCGGAGGCGGCGGGAACAAUAACGGCUCUGAACCCAGCGACAUCAUCAUCCCGCUCAGGACUGCUGACAGCGUCUUCUGCCCGCACUACGAGAAGGUCAGCGGCGACUACGGCCACCCGGUCUACAUAGUUCAGGAGAUGCCGCCUCAGAGCCCGGCCAACAUCUAUUACAAAGUCUGAGGUGGAACUUUUAAAAACAAGAGACAAACUGGAACAAUCCCCGGGCAGAGCGGGUUUUUGGUUUCGCCUGGCGCCGCCGGUACGCCCGCAAACACUCUCGCUCUUUCUCUCUCUGUGUCUCUCACUCUGUCGACUCCUCCUCCUCUCCUCUGAUGUUUUGUCACUAUUUUUUUUCUUUAUCAAAGUUUUGCUGAUACCUUGUCGCUCUGGUUUGGUCACAGUCGGUGCGGACGGUGGGUGGAGGGCCAGAGAGAAGGCUGCUGCUGCCACUGCUGCUGCGCUCUGGGGCUUUUGGGAAAUAGAGAGGACGAUCUCUUCUUUCCCCAAUGUUGCUCCCUGUUUUGUUUUGUGCACUGCGGCCAGCGUUUUAGGGGAACUGUUGUGGGAUCAGAAAGUUAGGCAGAUGCACAGCGUGUUGUUUCGUUUUCUCGGAUUGGACAGACAGACGGAUGUAUGGACGCGAAGGUUUCCUGUUAUGAGAGGAGGGGAAGAAAUUUUUGGCCUCACCUUUAAGAGAGACUACUGCUUGAAACAAGAGAGGGAAAGAGACAAAAAAAAAAACGAGUGAGGAGGAGAGGUAAAGGAGAAUAUGGGCUUACCAUGAACUCACAAAAUGGCUGCCCUCCCUCGAUGCUCACUAGCCGGAGAGACUCUGUGGAUUUACCAGCUGGACGAGGAAAAAGGAGAGAGAUUCUCACACCCAAUCCUCUCUGGGACUUUCCUGACUGACUCACGGAGAUCACCCAUUCACCCUGCCACCCACAUCCUCACCAUCAUAUAAACACACGUUCACCCACACGCACAGACACACUGUCUCACCGGUCAAUGUGAACUGUUUGGGUUUGAGUGUGGAUUACACCAUUUCUCCUCAUUCCCAGAUAUGUUUUCAGCAAAUCACUUCUUUCAGAUGUUACUUGAAGGUUUUAAAGAUAAAAAAAACAUUUUUGUACUGUCGACAUUUACUGCUCUUGUUUUUGGUCGUAUCUGGUUUUCAUAUCCUGGUGUAGUUCAAUUGCAGAUAGAGGUUUUCUUUUCCUUUAGUGACAUGUCAUAUCGUACGUGACGUUCAAACACAAGUGACCCAAACAGUGGCUAGAAGUGGCGAGAGUGUGAAACAAAGGAGUGAGGAUUUUUUUAAAUUUUGCCAGGUCUGCCCAGGUGGCUCCUGGGAAGAGUGGAGGACUUUCAUAUACAUAGAGCAGCACUUUUAACCCCUUUUUUGGUACCUCCACUCUUCGCAGUGGUCAGAGAGAGACACAGUGAUAGCUAGAGAUGGGAGAGCAGCUGUAUCCCGUCAGAUUUAGUAACGAGGGCUCACCUCAACUUCUCUAGAACCUGGGCUUUUCACAUGGGCAGGUUUUAGGGGCAAUAAAUCCAAUUCGCCUUACUGCCGUUUUUUUUCUGCAUCAGGUGAAAGAGAGGCCCGAGAUCUAGUUGAGGUUUGCAGAUGGCUGAAACAGCUCUAGGUACUGUUAUGUUUACCCCUAGGGGUCCAGUGAUGAUUAAGGGUGCCCAGAGGGCCCAAAAUCAGCGUGACCGGUGCUCUCCUAUUCUUGCUCAAAAAAAAAAAAAAAAAAAAGCACAGGGACAUCUAUUUACAUUGUCACUGUUUCUCAAUCUCCAUUAGCAUUUCCAUAUUGUGAGUUUUUCAUUUACUUCUCUUUUUUUUUUUUACAAAAUAGAUGUACAUUUAAAAAAAGGACAUUACAAAGAUGAAAAAUAAAAAAAUUAAAUAAAAAGCAGAAUUUAUUUAUGAUAGACACAUAGAGCACAGGUGUUGUCAGGCGGUAUGGAGAAGAAGAAGUAAUGUUAAUAUAUUAUGGUAUAAGUGCACAUUAUGCAAUCUAGGUUUUUGAUUAUUUGAUAUCUCUCCACCCACUGAGUCCCGUAUUUUCAUGAGCUCUCGUCCACUGACACAGGGCUCGGUCCUGGGAAGGAGGACCAGGGGAGGGCAGCCUGGGCCCCGGCCCUGAGGGGAGUAGAGUUAUCUGACCCAAAAUAGCUCACAUUGGUGUACACAAGGGCAGAGUAGCUGUGUCUCCCACACUCACUCAGUGUAGCAUCUCCCAAAGGUUAAAUCCCAUGAACACCCAGUGCCCCCGAUUCUCCUCAUACACACCCCUUCACGUUCUCUGUGCAUGUGUGUACGUGUGUGUGUGUGUGUGCGCGUGUUGAGCAAGUCUAUAUUUCAGUGACUUCACAUUCAUUAAUAUCUUUGGCUUAGGAUCACAAACGUGACUUAAGCAGCCCCCCGAGCAUGUAUCAGCCCAUCAUUAACAUUGUCAUUUGUUCAUAAAGAACAUGAAAUUUCACCGAAGAGCCAAGCCUUGUAUGAUCUGAGGUUUGUGCCUCUAAGAGGCUACAAAAUCUGCAAAUAUGCAAUUCUUAUUUAUUUUUUUAAUCAAUUCUGAGAAAAAAAAACACCUAUGGAAAGUGUUCUUAACCACUGAAAGAUGUAACAACAAACAAAUGACACAAAACUAGCAAAGUACGUCACACAAGCCUGCUGUUAGUUUUUGUUUCCUGCAUUAUUUGUAGUAUUAUUUUAACCUUUUCUGUUUUAACAAUGUGCCGUAGUACAAAGGUAAACUGUGAAAAACAAAACCAUUAAAAAGCAUAUAUAUCACACCUGAACAGGUAUUUAAGAAAAGAUGAAAAAAGACACACACACACACACAUACUACAAAGAAAUGGCUGUUUAGUUGCUGUCUGUCUGCGGCAGAAUAUGACAAUCUUAUUAGUUUCUUUGAAUCUGACGUCCUUUUCUUAGCUGCCACUAACUCUCUCCCAACAUUGACCGGGUUCGGCUCAACCUGUUAUGAAAUGUCGUAGCGAUGCUGUGAGAGUCUUAGCACACGGGCUAGGAGAAGCACCUCAGGCUACUGUAAAAUGCCUUGCUCGUAUGGUCAGCCCUUGGUCACUUGACUCAGUAAUUUUGCACCGUACUUCUGUAGGUAAGAAACUGUAAAUACAUUAAUGUUUGUAUUGUAUAUGGAUCCUGGGUUGUUACAAUAGCCUUAUUCACCUUUUUAGGAAAGUAAAUGGAAAAAAAAGUACAGAAAAAAUGGAAUACACUUCAGUAAAGCAGAGCAUACUACUUUUUUGGUAAAUAGCUUAUGUAAAUAUUGACCAGAACCCAAUAAAAACAUUUUUUAUAAACUCUUAAAGUAAGAUGUUUUGUAUAAAAUUUGAAUUUUUUGCUAUGUAUUUUAGCUAGCGCUCGAUGGAAAGCCCGUGUCCUCCCCACUCCCUCCCCUUUUGCACUGUUUCCAUGGUAAUUUGGUUUAAAAAAAAUGAGAGAAAAGUUGCCAAACCGACUGCUGCAUAUUUGUGCCAUAAGUGUGUACCAUAAAUAUUUAUUGAAUUAGUUUCUUUUUUUCCCUUUUUUUGUUCUGUUUAUGAUUUAAUUUCAGUCCAGUUUGUAAGUAACACAGUAUUAUAUUUGCAUUGUUUGUUCGUCUACCCCUGGUUUUCUUUAGUCAUGUCAUGGUUACCGGGUGGCUGUAGCCCUGUUCUCCCCCUUCCUUGCAGUAUGAGAUGGCCAGGCUGUGAAAAAUGGUUUUAACAUUCAAAAAUUUAAAACAAGUUCAAAGUGAGGAUAAAUGACACACAUUCCACCAGUCUGUUACAAACUGAAAAUGUUUUUCAAUAAAAUGUUUUUCCUAUGGA